AUGCCUUUAAGGGACAAAUACUGUCAGACUGACCACCAUCACCACGGAUGCUGUGAACCAGUUUAUAUCCUGGAACCUGGAGAUGCUCCUUUGUUACAGCAACCACUACAGACAUCCAAAUCUGGUAUUCAACAAAUAAUUGAGUGCUUUCGAUCAGGAACUAAACAGCUGAAACACAUUUUAUUAAAAGAUGUGGACACUAUUUUUGAAUGUAAAUUAUGCCGAAGUCUCUUCAGAGGAUUACCAAAUUUAAUUACCCACAAAAAAUUCUACUGCCCACCAAGUCUCCAGAUGGAUGAUAACCUUCCUGAUGUAAAUGAUAAACAAAGCCAAGCCAUAAAUGAUCUCCUAGAAGCCAUAUAUCCAAGUGUGGACAAGCGAGAAUAUAUUAUUAAGCUAGAACCCAUAGAAACUAAUCAAAAUGCAGUGUUUCAGUAUAUUUCAAGGACUGAUAAUCCAACUGAAGUCACAGAGUCAAGCAGUACUACUCCUGAACAAACUGAAGUUCAAAUACCAGAAAGUGACACUGACCCAUCUAAAACAGUACCAGUUACAGUUACAGAGGAGGAAACUGUAGAGCCCCCUCCUGUUGAGAUGGCUGCAGAUGAAGUUGCACCCACAUCUAAUGAACAACCUCAGGAAUCACAGGCUGACUUGGAAACUUCUGACAAUUCUGAUUUUGGUCACCAGUUGAUAUGUUGUCUUUGUAGAAAAGAAUUUAAUUCCAGACGAGGUGUUCGUCGUCACAUUCGAAAAGUACAUAAGAAAAAGAUGGAAGAAUUAAAAAAGUACAUUGAAACACGAAAGAAUCCAAACCAAAUCUUUAAAGGACGCAGUAAGAAUCUUCUAGUUCCAUUAAGUAGGAGUUGUCCAGUAUGUUGUAAAUCAUUUGCUACAAAAGCGAAUGUAAGGAGGCAUUUUGAUGAAGUUCAUAGAGGACUAAGGAGGGAUUCAAUUACUCCUGAUAUAGCAACAAAGCCUGGGCAACCUUUGUUCCUGGAUUCUGUUUCUCCUAAAAAAUCUUUUAAGACUCGAAAACAAAAGUCGUCUUCAAAGGCUGAAUACAAUUUAACCGCAUGCAAAUGCCUCCUUUGCAAGAGGAAAUAUAGUUCACAAAUAAUGCUUAAAAGACAUAUGCAAAUGGCCCACAAGAUAACUCUUUCUGGGACAAACUCUAAAAGAGAGAAAGGCCCUAAUAAUACUGCCAACAGUUCAGAAAUAAAAGUUAAAGUUGAACCAGCAGAUUCUGUAGAAUCUUCACCCCCUUCCAUUACCCAUUCUCCACAGAAUGAAUUAAAGGGAACAAAUCAUUCAAAUGAAAAAAAGAACACACCGGCGGCACAGAAAAAUACAGUUAAACAAGACUCUGAAAGCCCUAAAUCAACCAGUCCUUCGGCUGCAGGUGGCCAGCAAAAAACCAGGAAACCAAAACUUUCAGCUGGCUUUGACUUUAAGCAACUUUACUGUAAACUUUGUAAACGUCAGUUUACUUCCAAACAGAACUUGACUAAACACAUUGAGUUGCACACAGAUGGGAAUAACAUUUAUGUUAAAUUCUACAAGUGCCCUCUUUGCACUUAUGAAACUCGCCGGAAGCGUGAUGUGAUACGACAUAUAACUGUGGUUCAUAAAAAGUCAUCCCGCUAUCUUGGGAAAAUAACAGCCAGUUUGGAGAUCAGAGCUAUAAAAAAGCCCAUUGAUUUUGUUCUAAAUAAAGUGGCAAAAAGAGGCCCUUCAAGGGAUGAAGCAAAACUUAGCGAUUCAAAACAUGAUGGCACUUCUAACUCUCCUAGUAAAAAGUAUGAAGUAGCUGACGUUGGUAUUGAAGUAAAAGUCACGAAAAACUUCUCUCUUCACAGAUGCAAUAAAUGUGGAAAGGCAUUUGCCAAAAAGACAUAUCUUGAACAUCAUAAGAAAACUCAUAAGGCAAAUGCUUCCAAUUCACCUGAAGGAAACAAAACCAAAGGCCGAAGUACAAGAUCUAAGGCUCUUGUCUGCCUCGGGAAGCCGUCGCCCCGCAGCGCCGCCCCGCGCCCCGCCGCCCCGGGGAGCCGCUGCCCGCCGGCCGCCGUCACCACGCGCCAGGCCGCCGCCAGCUGCCGCGCCAAGCUCCGCGGGGGCGCCGCCCGGGAGCGCCAGCUCGCCGCCCGCGGCCGCCGCCAGCCCGCGCCGCCGUGA